CAGGAACCCCCGCCAACAGACCCCACUAACGCGUGCCGUCCGUCAGACUUCCUCAGCCCUACACCACCUCCCCGAGCUUCGUCAAACACCCGUUGCGAACCCAAGUCUUCCCAUCAUUGUUCGCCAUCAUGAGUUCGGAGGCACGACUGUACACCUUCUCCGAUGAGACCAAAACCAAGCUACGCAAGUUCCGUCUAGGCACCUCGCGCGCCAAAGAUCCCCAGGCCGUCAUCUACGAGAUCGAUAAGAAGACGCUCGAAGUACGCCAGGCAGACGACGAUGUCUACUCCGACGUCCAGAGCCUCGCCGACGAGCUGCCCGACCAUGCCCCGCGAUUUGUGCUCUUGAGCUACCCGUUGACCCUCGACUCGGGACGAUUAUCGGUGCCAUACGUCAUGCUAUACUACCUGCCCAUAACAUGCAACAGCGAGGUGAAGAUGCUGUACGCUGGUGCAAAGGAGCUGAUGCGCAAUACCAGCGAGGUCAACAGGAUCAUCGAGAUCGACAGUGCUGAGGACCUGGAAGAGAUCGAGAAACUGCUCAAGGAUGUCUAGAGUGGGAGCAGAUAACGACACGAUGAGCAACGGCCGACUAUGAUGCAUUAUGCGCCCACUACAAUGACAAUAUCAACACAUGGCACAUCUAUACAAAAUUCCACACAGGGUCGAUUCUACCAGCAACCUACUGUCAUCCCAUCACACAUGCGUCAUUCCUUCUCAACGGCC